CCGGACGAUGAAUGGCGGCAAACUUGAGAGACUGCGUUUUUACUUCUUCUUGUAGGUUAUAAAUUUGGAAACGCAUGUCGUCAGGGAGAAAACCUGCCGCUGCGUCGCUCGUCGCGAGUCCUCCGUUGUUCAAAACGUCUUCAAACGGUGGCAUACCGACACCUGUGUUCCGCAACGACUCGCCGUCGCUGUCGAGAAAGCGGACGAGGAGCAACGGGCCGACAACUCCGCGCACCUUUCUGCGUCCGCCCUCGCCGUUCAAGUCGGCGCAGCCGGUGAGCCGUCUGUUUCGACGGCGCAGCGAACACUCGGGCCCUCGCUCGGUCGGAGCGAGCUGUAACAGCGACUUGUUGAAGACUUCGCACUACAGUUUCCGGUCACCUCAGACCUAUUUCGACCAGUGCUUUAUUGUUGAAGAGAAGCUCGGUGCUGGUUCAUUUGGUGAGGUAUUCAAAGUGAAAUCUAAAGAAGAUGGCAAGCAUUAUGCUGUGAAAAUAACAAAACAAGGAUUUAGAGGAGAAAUGGACAGAAGUUACAAGCUGCAGGAAGUAAACAGGCACGAGUGUUUGAAGCCGCAUCCUAAUUGUGUACAAUUUUAUAAAGCUUGGGAAGAAAAUGGUCAUCUUUAUAUCCAAACUGAACUCUGUCAAAAAAGCCUAAAGGCAUACUGUGAGCAGUUUGAGGAUGCCAUGGAUGAGACGUUUGUUUGGCAAUGUCUAGCAGACCUGACACUUGGUCUCAAACACAUACACGAUGUUGACCUCGGACACUUUGACAUCAAGCCUGAUAAUAUUUUUAUCACAAGGGACGGUGUGUGCAAGAUUGGAGAUUUUGGUUUGAUGUGUGAUCUCUCAACGAAUGAUGUUGAUGAAGCUCAAGAAGGAGACCCCAAGUACUUGGCUCCAGAGUUGCUGCAAGGAAAGUUUGGCAAGGCAGCUGAUAUUUUUAGUCUGGGUCUGACUAUGUUGGAGUUGUCGUGCAACGUUGACUUACCAGAUCGAAAUGAAGGUUGGCAUUUAUUGAGACAAGGAGUGAUAUCACCUGACGUGACAAAACAUUUAUCAUGUGAAUUGAAAGAAAUUAUAUUUUCUAUGCUUAAUCCAGAUCCUGAUUUGAGGCCAUCAGUUGAUAAUUUGCUGCAGAACCCCAGACUAGCAACAGUUGCAUCACAGCGUCAGGCAUGUUUAUUAACAAUUACAAUUUUCACUCGUCGUUUGUGGCAUCAAGUUGUGGUAUUCUUAUAUUUUCUUGUGUCGUUUCUGACAAAGUUGUUGCCCAUCAACAGACUAGCUAUGUCUAGUUUAUCUACUACUGAUUCUUCGGAAGAUGUUCCUGCACCUGGAAGUGAAGAUUCCUUUCAUCCUCAGCUUUCAAGUUCCUUUGUUGAAGUUACACCAACACGUGGACCAUCUCAUCCAUUCACAGAUCCAACAGAAUCACCUGUCAGGAAGAGUCUACUUGUAGAUGAUAACGUCAAUCGCACACCGUGUAGGCUGUGUAAAACAAAGAUCCUGACGUCACCACUUAUACCAAAUGGUAGGUCAUUUACUACUGAUACUCCUCGAGCAUCCAGCCUUCAUCCGCAACGCCUCUUCAGUGACAUGCAGAAUGACUACCCAGGCAGACUCUGUCAGUACGGUCCAAAGAACCUCCUCGAUGCAUUUGAAGAUGUCUCAGAUUGACGUAUCGUUAGAGACUCACCGCUGUAUAUUAUUAGCUGAUGCAUCAAGCCUUACGUAGGACCUACAUUUUGUUGUCAUUUUCAUAGCAUGUACUGUAGGUAUGACAUAUGUUGGUGUCCAAAUUGGAUUUGUUAAGGAAACUGUUGAUUGAGUCUGUAAGUGUUAAUAGAGUUGAUUUACAAUAAAUGUACAGAGAAUGAAGUAUU